AUGGGAAAGGAUCAGAAAGGAAAAGUUCACAAGUUUUCUGGCAUCACAUCCAAUGCCACGAUAGUCCUUGGCAUUAUUUGCCGUCUUGGUCCACAGGGUCAUAUCCCUAAAGUGUCAUCGGAAUAUGAGGCCACAAUAGCCCAUGGCCCCCAACAAACGGAGCCCGUUACCACCAAUAAACCGGAGCCCGUUACCACCAAUAAACCGGAGCCCGUUACCACCAAUAAACCGGAGCCCGUUACCACCAAUAAACCGGAGCCCGUUAUCACCAAUAAACCGGAGCCCGUUACCACCAAUAAACCGGAGCCCGUUACCACUAAUAAACCGGAGCCCGUUACCACCAAUAAACCGGAGCCCGUUACCACCAAUAAACCGGAGCCCGUUACCACCAAUAAACCGGAGCCCGUUACCACCAAUAAACCGGAGCCCGUUACCACCAAUAAACCGGAGCCCGUUACCACCAAUAAACCGGAGCCCGUUAUCACCAAUAAACCGGAGGCCGUUACCACCAAUAAACCGGAGCCCGUUACCACCAAUAAACCGGAGCCCGUUAUCACCAAUAAACCGGAGCCCGUUACCACCAAUAAACCGAUCAAUAACACAUGGCAUAAAAUAAAACAAAAAAGCACCCAACACGGGUACUGGUAA